UGUGUGCUUCGCUUCGCAGCUCAGCUCGUGUCGGGUUUUUUUUCAGUCUGUAUAAAACCGGGAGUUCCUCUCGCCGGAAUCUACAGAUGGAGAGAAUCGCUCGCGCCGCAGGGAUAGUGACAGACCACAGCAGCAGUGACACUGACCCAGACACACGCGCGCUUUAUUUCCGCCAGAAAACCCCAAGCCCGCGCCCGUCGAGGAGCUAGGGGGGAUGAUGACCGGACCGUGCGCUCCUCUCGUUUUGACGGUGCUGGCGGUGGCGGCCUGCUUCACCCGGUUCGCUGAGAGCGUCGGGCCAGUGGUCCGUUGCGAGCCCUGCGACUCGCAUGCGCUCACCCUCUGCAAGCCGCUGCUGCCUCGCGACUGCUCGGAGCCGGUGCGGGAGCCCGGUUGCGGCUGUUGCCUGACUUGCGCGUUGGGCUCCGGCCAGGCUUGUGGAGUUUACACCAGCCGCUGCGGGAGCGGUCUCCGCUGUCGGCUUCGGCCACACGAGACCAGACCGCUGCAAGCUCUGCUGGAAGGCCGGGGAGUGUGCACCCCAAUCGCCGCCACGGAUAAAACAGCCACGGGAGUUAUUACUUUGCCCACCAGCAAACACGACAAUCCGGAGGAGUCAUAUCAGGAUGAGUCCAACUCCAACCUCACAACAAUGACGGUCACCGCAGCAACAGCAGCAGCAGCAGCAGCAGCGGCGGCCUCUGACGGGCAGGCCCGGCCACCAAUCCUGAGCCCCCAUGAGCACCACAAAGGCCCGCCCCUGCUCAGCAAGCUGGGCGUGAUUCGCCGGGAGAAGAGCAGAAAGAGCCAGAGCUACCGGGUGGAGUCGGUGGGCGGAGACAUGCACACCGACACGCACAACUUCAGCCUGGACACCAAGAGGGAGACGGAGUAUGGUCCUUGUCGCCGGGAGAUGGAGAGUGUGCUGAAGAGUCUUAAAAUCACAAACGUGCUGAACCCGAGAGGAGUUCACAUCCCAAACUGCGACCGCAGAGGAUUCUACAAGAAAAAACAGUGUCGUCCUUCCAAGGGUCGCAGGAGAGGCUACUGCUGGUGCGUGGACAAGUACGGCCAGCGUCUGCCAGGCUACGACGGUCGCGACCAGGGCUCCUCACACUGCUACAACCUGGAGAAGAGGAAGAAGUAGAGUCUGGCAAGGCGAGACCGCAGACAGACAGGCAGACAGACAGACAGACGGGCAGGCAGGCAGGAAGAAAGAGACAGUAAGACAGACAGACAGACAGACAGACAGACAGACAGACAGGGAGGAAAAAUAUGGGCUGGAAGUGUAUCAUUCUUUUGUGGACUUGGGCAAGAUAAAAAAACACACUUUUUGUA